AUGCCUGCAAUUAACACUAUCCAACUUAAGGAGAGGCGCCGGCCGGCGUUGAGCAUCCGUAUUCCGGCCCCACGCAAAAGCCAUUGGGAUAUUGUGAAGAGGCAAAGCAUCGCGUCGCCUGACUCUCCAAACUCGCCGGCUUCGCAGAACUCUCCAGCAUCCCCGGCUUCCCCCGGGAGUCCGGACAGGCAACGAGUCAAUGCACGUGCCUCUCCCUCGCCAAACAGCGGCACGUUCCAAGGCGGUCGUCUUCCAAGCCCAACCUCGCCCGCUUCACCUGGGUCACCUGGAAGCCCUGCUGGUCGUCGUCUCAACACCCGCGGCCCCAAGUCUCCGAAUUCUCCAAACUCGCCCAACUCUCCCAACUCUCCCAACUCUCCCAACUCGCCCAACUCUCCCAACUCUCCCAACUCUCCCAACUCUCCCAACUCUCCCAACUCUCCCAACUCUCCCAACUCUCCAGCUUCUGCGGGCCCUGCACCGGGGAGACGUCCCAGACCUCGUCCGUCUAAGAGGCAGAGUAUUCGGUCACCGAACUCGCCGAAUUCACCCAACUCUCCGAAUUCUCCAAACUCGCCUAACUCUCCUAACUCACCGGUUUCGUCUGGAAGAUCACGGGCGAAGCGUCCCAGACCCCGUGUAUCCAGGAGGCAGAAUAUUAGGUCACCGAAGUCGCCCAACUCUCCAAAUUCUCCAAACUCACCCAACUCACCCAACUCUCCGGCAUCUGCAGGCCGUUCACGGGGCAGACGCCCCCGACCUCGUCCGUCCAAGGGGCAGAACAUUCGGUCACUGAACUCACCGAAUUCACCCAACUCGCCAAAUUCUCCGAAUUCGCCUAACUCGCCCAACUCACCGGCGUCUCCUAGAGGCGCACGUGGCAGGCGCGUUCAGAUUCGUGCCUCUCCUACACCGAACAGGGGUGCUUUCCGGGGACUUCAGAGUCCGAACUCGCCGGCCUCUCCGGCAUCGCCCGGAAGCCCGACUGUCCGGCGUCCCAGGGCUCGGCCUUCCAAGAGACAAAACCUCAGGCUUCCCAACUCGCCCAACUCUCCGAAUUCGCCCAAUUCUCCAAACUCUCCGAACUCACCGGCAUCACCAGGGAGCCCUGCUGGGCGACGAUUUGAUAGACGUGGCUCUUCCUCAGCAAGAAAAGGCACUUCCCAUGCUCUUCGCAGUCCGGGCUCACCAGCAUCACCGGGCUCACCUGGGUCGCCUGGAUCCCCCGGAUCGCCUAAGAAGUUCUCUCGGACCAGUGUUGCAGCCUCACAGCCAGCCCAGACAAGAACGACAGCUCCUACCAGCACCGUGGCUUCGGCUCCGGUCCCUACUCUGGCGCUGCCUGUGGCUGCCAACCCAGCAGCCGGCGGCAUCUCUCUCAAAGAUCCUGGCCUUGCUGUGAAACCGGUGCUGAACGCAGCUGACAGCCCUCCGUCCAGCCCUGAUUCUCCCAACUCUCCGAAAAGCCCAGACAGUCCUUCAAAGUCCAAGUUCUUUCCGUCAUCGUCGUCCGCACCGCCACCGACACAGACUGUGCAGCCACCACCCCCUCCAAGUUCCGUUAUCACCACAAGCACCACAUCUUCGGCUGUGGUCGCCACAACCAGCUCUUCGAGCGUUCCUCCGCCCGCAUCUGUCGCACCCCUUCCUCCUCCAGUGCUAAACCCGGAGCGAACAGGCCCGACCAGCGUGGAGUCGACAACUUCAUCGAUAUCCUCCACAUCGGUCAAGACGUCGACGACACCACCAACCCUGGCGACUCCGACUGAAACGGGCCAGGGCGGUACUGGGCGACCAACGACAACACUCGUGUCCCUCGUAACAUCUACGCAGAGUGCCGAUGUAGUGGUGUCUGGCGGUGAUAUCAUCGCUGCGCCAACCCUGAUUAUUACUAAGGUGCCGAUCGUUAUUGGUAGUAACACGCUUCCUUUGGCAACCGAAACAGGUGUCGGCCAGGGUGCACCUUCAACUACGACUGCACCAGCUGAUGGUAGUGGCACAUCGGGCACCAACCAGGGUGCCAAGGUUGGUAUCGGGAUGGGAUCUGUUGCUGCCGCAGCUGUCGUUGUCUCUCUGAUCUUUUUCUUCUUUCGAGGUCGGAAACGUGGCUACUUCAAGAAUGCACCAAGUUUCUCAGACUCGUUCCGGAACACGAAGGACAAGUUUGGAGGGGGCAAAUUGGGGUUCUCCACCAGCAGGAGCAUCCCACCCGCGAACAAAGGCGACAAGUCUCAAUCCAAGGUGCUCGACGACCUCAUCACCGCAGCGUACGCCGCCGAGGAGGCGGGUGGCAGAGGGGGAUGGGAUCAGUCUGGGCCGAAUGGUCCCUACGGAUACUACGACGAGAAGAGGGACAUGCAAGGCAAUCCAACGUUCAUGCCUGCCCAGAACUUUGACCAGCCUACUGUCCAAGUAACAGCACCUCACAUGUCGCCAGAGGCCGGAGAGCGGAACAACAUACAAGGGCAGUAUGGAGCAGCGGCUGGGACUUUGAAAUCCGAAGACUUCUUCCAGUCGAUGAAUCACGCCAGGGCUCCAGAGCCAAAAACACCCGAGGCAGUGGCCUGGGCUCUCGGACAGGCACAGACAGCACAGUGGUGGAGAAAUACAGGCAGUACUGCCCCCCGGGACCAACGUGAACAGCAAGGUCGAGCACCAGGCGCACCAGAACAAGAGCCGCACGCGUUCUCUGGGCCGCCUGGCGCCGCAAGGCUUGGCGAGUCUCCGCAGUCGAGUGUGGCAGAUGUGCGGACUGCGAAAUGGGUCGAGAUCAACGGUCCGUUUGCCGCCCCUGUUCUCACACAGACCGGAGGCCAUCUCGAUGUCUCUGACCAGGCGUAUCCGACGCUGUCUUCUGUCUCGACCGAGAGGAGGAUGUGGGGAUGA